AAUCUAGCGACCACAGUGAAACUGAGCCGCAACCUAUACUGGACGGGGAGCCGGCUCCGCAAAACGGCGAGUGAGGUGAGCAUCACUUUAGGAGCAGAGGUGGGGUUAGGAGAGAGCAUGGGAAGCGAAGAAGACAGCGCUGUGAAAGAACCCCUCGAUCUUAUUCGGCUUAGCCUCGACGAGAGAAUCUACGUCAAGCUUCGAAAUGAUCGUGAACUCCGUGGAAAGCUUCAUGCCUAUGAUCAGCAUCUAAAUAUGAUACUUGGGGAUGUUGAAGAAAUUGUAACAACAGUGGAGAUUGAUGAUGAGACCUAUGAAGAGAUAGUUCGGGAAUUGCUGCGUCUAAAAUUC